AUGCCGUCACCUCAGCAUGUGCGCCGGCUGGUCUUGACAGCGGCUGUGACGUCGAUUACCAUUGCUAGCUCUCUGUAUGGAGCAGGGUUGAAGACAAACGAGGAGAUCGCGGAGACCACACGGAAACGCCAAGAAUCCACCUUCGUUGAACAACUUGCAGCUCUUCAAAAAAUGCGCUCCAACCUGAACGCCCGGAGAGGCAUACUCGAGGCCCAGAUUCGGGACUUGGAUGCGAAGAUGGAGGAAAAGAAACAGAGGGCUACACUGGAAAAUGAUAAGGAGCCACCCCAAGGACGCCGGUGA